GCCAUGUUACAGAUUUUGAAGCGUUUUGGCUGGACAUGGGUAGGGCUGUUGAUCAGUGAUGAUGAUUAUGGACACCACGUAGCCCAGUCCUUCCAGUCUGAGUUGCAUCAUUCUGUUGGAGGUUGUUUGGCCUAUUUAGAGAUGCUGCCCUGGGGAGAACAUCCAGUCGAGGUGAAAAGGAUUGUGGGAUUGAUGAAGAAAUCAACAGCUCGUGUUGUCAUUGUUUUUGCUCAUCAAAUACACAUGAUUCAGCUUAUGGAAGAGGUGGUGAAUCAGAAUGCGACAGGUCUGCAGUGGAUGGCCAGUGAAGCCUGGACAUCAGCAAAUGUGCUUCAAACACCUCGAUUCAUGCCAUACCUAAGAGGUACGUUGGGUAUCGCCAUCCGUCGAGGAGAAAUUCCUGGACUCAGAGACUUUCUCCUACAAAUACGUCCACAUGGCACAAUUGACAGUGAAAACAGCAUGGUUAAGCAGUUCUGGGAGCAUACAUUUCAGUGUCGAUUUGCACCACCUCCAGUAGAAUGGAUGGAAGCUGGUGGGGCCCUGUGCACUGGAGAAGAAGAUCUACAGACUGUAGAGACAGCGUUUCUGGAUGUCUCUAAUCUUAGACCUGAGUAUAAUAUUUACAAAGCUGUGUAUGCACUGGUGUAUGCUCUUGAUGAGAUGCUGCAGUGUGAGCCAGGAAGAGGACCUUUCAGUGAACACAGCUGUGCUUCUUUGCAGCAAUUGGAGCCUUGGCAGCUUAUGUAUUACUUGGAAAAGGUCAACUUCACAACUUCUUUUGGUGACCAAGUGUCUUUUGACAAAAAUGGUGAUGCUUUACCAAUAUAUGAUGUCAUGAACUGGGUGUGGCUCCCUGAUGGAAAAAUAGAAGUUAGGAAUGUAGGGGUUGUCAAGAAGACAACCCUGAAUGCAGAAGAACUUACAAUCAAUGAAGAAAAGAUAUUCUGGAAUUUCAAGGAGCAGCUGCCACAGUCAGUGUGCAGUGAAAGCUGUCCUCCAGGUACCCGUAUAGUGAGAAGGAAGGGGCAACCUUUGUGCUGUUUUGAUUGUGUCCCAUGUUCUGAAGGAAAGAUCAGCAAUCAGACAGACUCUGUUGAGUGCCUCACUUGUCCUGAAGACUUCUGGUCCAGCAAACAAAAUGACCACUGUGUCCCUAAGAAAAUAGAGUUCCUCUCCUACCAUGAGCCUCUUGGUAUAUGCUUGACAGCUGCCUCAUUGCUGGGCACAUUCAUCUGCAGCAUUGUUUUUGCCAUCUUCACUUAUCACCGCAGCACACCUGUAGUGCGUGCCAACAAUUCUGAACUGAGCUUCCUCAUUUUGGUGUCGCUGAAGUUAUGUUUUCUGUGUUCCCUACUGUUCAUUGGACAACCCCAACUGUGGACAUGCCAGCUUAGACAUGCAGUGUUUGGGAUCAGCUUUGUGCUGUGUGUCUCAUGUAUCCUGGUUAAAACCAUGGUAGUUCUGGCUGUGUUCAAGUCGUCAAAGCCAGGAGGCGGAGCCAACCUCAAAUGGUUUGGUAGUGUUCAGCAGAGAGGAACGGUUUUAGGUCUCACUUGUGUUCAGGCAAUAGUUUGCACUGUUUGGAUCAUCUCUGCCUCACCAACUCCUUAUGCAAACACUAGAUAUCACAACGACAAGAUCAUUUAUGAGUGUGUUGUUGGGUCCACAAUUGGUUUUGCAGUCCUACUGGGCUACAUAAGCCUACUGGCUAUCACAAGUUUUCUGCUUGCAUUUCUUGCUAGGAAUCUUCCAGACAACUUCAAUGAAGCCAAAUUCAUCACUUUUAGUAUGCUGAUAUUUUGUGCUGUGUGGGUGGCCUUUGUUCCUGCCUACGUUAACUCUCCAGGAAAAUACGCUGAUGUAGUGGAGGUGUUUGCUAUUUUGGCCUCCAGUUUUGGCCUCCUGGUGGCGCUGUUUGGACCUAAAUGCUACAUUAUCCUAUUGAAGCCAGAAAAGAAUACAAGGAAAGCUAUAAUGGGCAGAGACAUAAAAAGGUAGAAUAAAUGAUCAAUUACAUAUCUAGCAAAUAAUUUAAU